CUAAAAACGCGGCUUUUAAAAAAAACAUGUAUCGAGAUCUUGCGUUUUUCCCCAUUCCACUGCCCGCGCCUCACGUUUUUUUAAAGCAAAAACGUGUUCUGUGUGAACGAGCCCUUAAAAUGCUCUCAUGCGUGAGAUGCUGAAAAAGACACAAGUGCAAUGCUCAAAGAAGUCCGUCUGGUGUCUAGCGCAUGUUUACAAUGGAAAAGCAGUGCAGUGGAAUGCAAUAAGGGGCCGUUCACACGGAACUCAUUUUUGCAUGAGAUGUUGGAAAAGACACAAGCGCAAUGGUUAAAGACAUCCGUCUAGCACGUGUUUACGUAGAUAAACAAUGAAAAGCAGGCAGAACCUGAUUUCUCCCAGUGCAACAUGUUCCUGGAUCAACAUCUUUGUUGAUCCUGGAACAACAUUCCAAUCAACCAAUCAGAUUUGAAGGACAAUUUUAUGGACAGUUUAUGUCAAGUUUAGGCUUACAACCAGGGUCAGGUACUUCUACAUCAGUGUUAUUCACUUAUAAAUUCCCUCUGAUUUUAGGGAUAACUUAUGGGUAGGGUUAGGUUUAGGGGUAGGGAUAUGGUCAUGAUUAAAUUUUCAGACAAGAAUGUUGUUCCAAGAUCAACAAAAUUUGUUGACACAGGGAAGAGUCUAACAACCAUCAUCAUGUACAAAACAUGGUAAAACAAUAUGUCAUCAUGUACAAAACAUGGUAAAACAAACCCUUACCAUGUACAAAACAAAUAUCAGAUACUAUCAGCACAGUUGAACAAUCAGAAUCGCGUAUUUCAGAGACCCCUGUAAUAAUGCAGUGCAUUAAUUGGUGGUGGUUGUAAAUAACCUUUAACUUUGCUAUGUAAUUUUGUCUAGCACUGAUUGUGGUUCAAACAUGAUUGAUAACUCAAACUGUGUGGUUUAUUUUAUCGAGAGGUGUGUUAUUAUUUUUCUAAGUGAUCAGGCUCAAGAUUUAGCUUGGUGGGCAAUAAAACAGGGUAUUUCCAAAAGACUUCUGUAGGGUGAGCCAUAUGUAACAAUCAGAAUAUUAUAGACACUGUUGAGGAACCACCCAGACACCCAGGCAUCUUGGUAGGGGAAUUUGCCUGCUAAAUACCACUCACAUUUUCUUCAAAAAAUUUAAAAAUCUAGUCAGUCUUCAGUCUUGGCAUCAUUACCAAUAUGCGAUUAACCCUACCCAACUCAUUUCAGGAUGUUGAGAGGCACUAUGCACAAUUAGUCAAGGAUGAGGUGAGCUGUGUUUCAAUCCUUAUGGUAGCAUAGAGUUUCUGCUCCCUCUGAGGUAGUAUAACAUUUCCUCAUGAAUAUUUGAACAAGGCUGCAUGUUGGUGAGUCUCCUUAGUUCCCAUUGCAUUCACUUCUACAGGAACUCUGGGUCAGCAGGAGCAAAAAAACAUUUUUAAACAGCUCAAAAUUUCAAAGUUUGAAACUGGUUUCAGUGUUCAGUCAGAACGAUGACCCUAAGGGCCACCUCUCAUGGAGAGCUCCAGGCUCUGACUUCAAUGAAGACCUCUGCUUCAGACAGCGGUAUUUUUAAGUCCCUUUCUCACAGCAGCAACAACAUGGGGGGACGAUUCGAAAGCAUUGAGGAGAUUAAAGGAGUUUCGAAACCCACACACCCUCCUCGAAGACCUGUACGUGCAGUCCGACCUGUCAGUGCUCUGAGUGGCAGCGGCUCCUUCCUGCAGAUCAACCACCUGCAGGGAGAACUAGUGAGGAAGAGGAAGGAAUGUGAGGACCUGAAAAAGGAGAACAAGUAUUUGUCUAACGAAAUUCACAUGGAAAGGAUAAUGAUGAGAACUGAGAGUGAGCUCACCAUGAGAAACCUGCGGAAUCUCAACCAGGAACUCCAGGCCCAAGUUAAAGAGCUGAAACAGAAGCUCUAUCUCAGCCAGCAGAGGGCGACACUGUGUUCCAGGGCAGCCGAGGAUGCUGAUAGAGCACGAGCAGAGGCGGACAAGGGCAGGGCACUGGCAGAGGCCCGAGCACUAGACAGCAGGCAAGAAAAAGAUCUUGCAUUAGCUGACAAAAGACGGUUCAGCGAUGAACUACAGCUGCUGAAGAAAGAGCACAAUGAUGUCCAGCUACUUUUAGCACAGGCUGAAAAGAAUUACUUUGAGACUAAGCUUAAACUAGACAGGGCGUCAGGAGAAAAGCAUGCUCUCCUGGAGGAGAACAGAAUACUGGAAGAUGAGAGGAACACGUUACGACACAAACUGAAAGAACUGACUGAGGAGAAUGUGAAGAUAAUGGAAAAGGAGGUGAACUCCAGACGCAGAGCUUUGGUUGCUGAAGAGCAGAGUGAGAGGGCCAAUAAAGCCCAGCAGGAGGCUGAGCAGGAAAGACAUUUAGCUGAGCAGGAGAGGCAGGAUCGCACCAGGGAGUGUCUCAGCUGGAGAGAGAAACACCAGGCCCUGGCAGAAGUCAUCAGAGCGCAGGAAGAGCUCAAGUCUCUGAGGCAGACCAAAGCAUGUCAAGCUAAUAUAAAGAGUUACUUCCUGUGUAUGACUGAAAGCGACCAGAGGGUUAAGAUCCUAAAAAAUCAAGAUGGCACACCAAGGAACUUUACGGAAGGAGACCCUGUGUACAUCUCCACACCUGACCUCAACAGUGAGGAUUCAGAGAGGAGGUCAGGGAGGCAAGUCUUUUUUUAAAGGAAAUUUUCAUACCAAUGCUAAACUAAGAUGAAUAAAUGUCUUGACUGUUAAUUUCUCUUAUCCAGCAGAACAAUGUUCAGGGUAGCCGCUCCUCGAGUUGGAAGAGACACUGGCCCAGCCCAAUUCAGUGAGCUGUCACCAAUGGCAGACUCUCACGAUUCUGGAUUUUCAAGGAGAAACAGGAAAGUGGAAUAUUUCUGGAUCCCCACUGAUGAGGAAUAAUUGCACUUACAACAAACACUUGAGCUGAUCAAGUUCUUCUUUUAUUGUAAAUUCAGCAAUAGUGGUGAAUACAGCACUAAACAGCCUUACAAUGACAUGAUCAUAAGCCAUUUCAUUUGACAAUUGGACUGCAGUUAACAUGUUGGCAAAUGUAAGUUUAACAAGACCGACUGUCAAAUACAAUUAAACACCUGUCAAUAAAAGGUUGUUUGAGAACCCCUUAUUGACAAGGGCAAAAGCCUUUCCUCUUUAAUGGGCAUCAAGGAUUUUUAUUUACGUUUAAUGAUCAAUUAAAAGGCAGGUUAAAAUAAUCCACCAGUUUGAGGUUUAAGAUUGAAAUAAUUUGCUGCAGAUCAGUGGGACCUGAAGCGCAACAUUACUACUGCCAUUAGACAGAGAAUACAUCUCUGUUACCUUGUCAGAACACACUGCAGACAACAUUAAGGAAGUAAGGCUGGGGCAGCAGAGGCAUUAAGUUGACACUAGUAGCUUGAUAUCUGAAUCUUCAAUGGAAAGCACUUAAACUCUACUGCAAGCUGAGAUAUUAGGUAGUGUGUUGUGCAAAACUGAAUGACUAGGCAGUUGUUCUGGAUCUUAAUUCAAGACUAAAACUUUAGACAUAUCAGAAGCCUGCACUAAAUAACGCUUAUUCAGUAGGAGGUAGAAGUGGAAUCUGCUAAAGUUACAGUGAUUACAGGUUUAGAUGUUUAAAUCAUGCACGAGGGUUGAAGGAUAUUGCAACCGACCCAGAAUAACACUAAUAAAAGCGUCUACAGCGUAACCUAUAAAGGCCAUUCAACUAGGAUCUCAUGAUUAAUUUUAAUCAAUCCCCAAGACUGCAAACAAAUCAUUGGUUCUAUAUAGUGACAGCUUCACUUUAGCUGAGACACCAAAAGGUUUCCUGUCCUGUGCCUUGUGAAACAAAAACACAGAUUAAACCAGGCAGAACAUGUAAGGAAGAUUUGACUAACACUUUUUCUACUGAAAAAGCAUAGUGGUUGAUUUAUCAUCUAAAAAUAAAACCGAUAACAAGCCGGACAUUGGUUAGGAUACAAGGAAACAGAGACAUUAUGAUAUUGGUAUUACUAUGUCUUUCAUUUAAUUCAUGUGCCUAGCAGCAGAGUAAUAUAGCUGGCUGAGUGGAGCUACUGCAAAGAGUGUGGGAACCAAAGAGAAGACAGCAAGUCAUGUAGCAGGAAAUUAAUAUGUACUAUGAGGAUUAGUCCCUCCUCAGUCAGCUUCCUCCUCUGACUCCUCUUCCUCAGCCGUCUCAAGCCAAGUCAGCCACUGGUUCACCUGAAAAGAAAAAAGAUCUGUAAAUAUACAUGCUUGUACUCAGAG